UUACAUUUUGGUGAGAGAAGGUAAAGUACUCUACCCACAACUGAUAUAUCGAUGUUGUGCUUGUCCAUGAAAGCCAGUUUCUGGUCUCGAUCCCAAUACUGUGGUCCAACGGGCCGUCCCCCACUAAAAAUUGUCAUUUCAAGGCCAGGAUGAAUCCACUUUGAAACGCCCAUGCCUAGGCUCGUUCUCCAAUAUGACCAAACGAUCACCAUCCGACCUCGAUUUUAUUAGAGGAACUGCGGUUCGUUGCCUCAGGAGGGAGGCAUAUCUUGGCAGGUACAGGUGAGUGUGCACGUCCACAAGCAAUGCACGGGAAGCCAUGAGCCGGCCAGCAGUUCCCAAGAUUCUCUCGGGCUCGAGGAGAUGGAUCAGAACACCAAUAUUAAUUCCUUAUUCCUUGCACACGAAUCACGGGGUUUACAUUGUUUGUCGGCUCGACAAAAAUAAGCCAAGCUCUGCUCUGCAGACGCGCUCCUUCACCACAUGUCGGGUUUCUCAGAAGAGGUUCAUUUACGCAACAAAGUCUCUCGGGCUUUUGGUUCGGCCCGCAAUGCUUCCCCAGAAAAGAGACGAGAAGUAUCUGGCGAGCUGCUCAAAUGUCUCCAAUCGAACUAUCAGAGCGUCAGGACUGCGGCAUCUAGACAACUCGCACUUCUCUUUAAACAUAUGGGAGAAAUGCAAGAGCAGGCAAUUGACACCAUCCUCGACUUGUGCGAGGAUCCAGAAACCUCUGUACGAAUGAUUGGCUAUAAACUGCUGAUGGAUACGGCUAGGCGCGAGCCAGCCUGGGCACCUCGGAACACAGACGUUCUUGUUCAAUUGUUGCAAAACGAGGAUCCUUUGGAGCUGCAGACUAUCCAGAACUCCCUUUUUGAGAUAAUUAAGGACCUCCCUGCCAAAUCUCUGCCCAUCCUAGUCGAAUAUCUUGUUGGAGAUGGUGCAGAACACACGACAGAACUGCGAGAUCACGUCAUCACGUUCUUGACGGGCAGAUCAAGUCAUGAGAUCAUCCCAAUAUUGCUUCAGGAUGGUGCAGGCGCUCAACUAAUCGAAGGCCUUGUCAAGGUCUUGAGCGGCGCUUCAGCUACUAAUGCGCAGUUAAUUGUCGACAAGCUGCUGCAUCCCUUUUUCAGAGAGCGCCCGCAUCCCAAGUUGGCACACAAUGCCGUCCGGUCUAUCUUGCACAACGUCGAAAGCCCCCGCAGGAACUCUGACGGAGAGGUCCAACAAUUGGAUGGGGACCAGCUCGUUGCCAGCUGCUUCCCCCGCACCUUCCCUUAUCUCGAGAUUGAAUAUCAAUGAGCCUGCAGUUUCGGACGGCGAAUCUCCGGAGGUUUCGAGAGAGACCAAACGACCGAGAACGGAUUCAUUGCUUAGUCGACUAGGUGACAAACUCACACCAUCUCCCAAGCCCACUCCAACCAUACCAGUGAAUUCUUCCCAUCCUCUGCCGCCCCGUCCUUCCCCAUCCGUUCUAGCCAAAUC